AAAGUAUCCACCACUUUCCACACCGCCGUCCAUUAAAACACAACCACACCACCAUGAAGCCAAGGGCAGCGAGUCUUCAAGCUCUCCGCGCACCUCUGCAGGGCAGGCGCGCAGCGCUCCCCGCUGUCGCCCGCCCAGCAGGCAGCUUCAUGCGUCCGCUGUCGAGCACGUCGGUCCGCCUCAACGAGUCCAAGGAAAAAGCCACCGACGACGCAAAGGACAAGACGGACGACGCUGCCGGCGCCGGCAAGAAGAAGGAGGAGAAGCGCAAGUCGAGCGCCGACGACGACGACCACGGACCGCCCCAGUCGCCGUUCCAGGUCUUCCUCCGCGUGUUUAGGGAAGAGAUCCACAAGAACCAGGGCUGGCAGAGCAACGUCAAGCAGCUCCAGGGUGACGUCGACAAGCUCGCCGACUCGGCCGCCAUGAAGAAGGCGCGCGACGUGUACGAGCGGACCAGGAUCGCAAACCUCAUGAAGGAGAACCCCCGUCUCGCGCAGGCCGCCGCCGACCUCAAGAAGGCCGGUAUCUCGAUGCAGGACGCGGUGAGCCAGGCGCUCAACGACUCGGAGGUGCUCAAGGCGCUGGCGCGGUACUCGAACUCUGUGAGCGCGUUUGCCGACCGCGCGACGGCCCCGGUGCGCGACACGGCGGCCUACAAGGCGAUUGCGUCGUCGUUCGAGGAGGCGUUCGACGAUGCUAGCGGUGGCGCGGCCCGCUACGGCGGUUACACGGAGAAGGAGGAGCGACGAAAGCGCCGUGAGGCGCGGUUGUUGAAGGCCGGCAAGACGACCAAGCGUGUCGCCGCCAACCCGGACGCCGGAGAAGCCCUCGUGCUUAGCUCUGAGAAGGAGCCCACGACCUCGCGCCUCCACUGGCUCACCUCGCACCCCACGUACCAGCGCUUGAGGGAAAACUACUACGAGUCCGAGUCGCCCGCUGUCGAGACGCUCCGCUCGGUCACGUCGACAAUUGCCGGCUGGUUUGACGAGAACGAGACGGCCAAGGUCAUCCGCACGAUCCGCGAGAUUGACCCCGACUUCAACAUUGACGGCUUCACCCGCGAGCUCCGCGAGUACAUUGUGCCAGAGGUUGUCGACGCCUACUUGAGUGCGGACCGCGAGUCGCUCAAGCAGUGGUGCGGCGAGGCGACCUUCAACGUGCUCUGGGCUACGAUGGGCCAGUACGUCAAGCAGGGCCUCGUGUCCGAGUCGAAGAUUAUGGACAUCAAGCACGUCGACAUUGUGUCUGGCAAGCUGCUCGAGAACGACGUGCCCGUGUUUGUCAUUUCGUUUGCGUCGCAGGAGGUUCUCCUGUUCAAGAACGCCAAGACGGGCGAGAACGUUGUUGGCGACGAGAACGCCGUCGAGCAGUGCCGCUACGCCAUGGUGCUUACGCGUGUCGAGGCCGAGAUCGACAACGAGCUCACCAACGGCUGGAAGGUUGUCGAGAUGGCUCGCCGCGGCCAGAAGAGCUUCAUGUAAGCUUCUAGGGGAAGUAUCUAGGCGGGAGGGAGGAGGAGGCGGGGAGGCUCUAGGCACCGAACCGCUGCCUCGAGUAGAGAUUGCAUCUGCAUCAUGCACACUGUUCCACUCUGGCA